AGGUUAAAUUGAAUAUUUGCGCAACACAGCUUCUUGCAGAAGGACCACCACACUGUUCUACAGUUAGGAGAAUAUGAGAAUAAGCAAGGAGUGUUGCUCUCUCUGAACUUAAAAAAAAAAAAGUCUGUGCCUUGCUGAGGACAGCUGCAGGAAUCGGACACUUGAAUCAAUGUUAUCGGAUGAGUUAGAAUCCAAACCUGAGCUGCUGGUUCAGUUUGUUCAGAAUACUUCUAUUCCACUGGGGCAAGGGCUGGUGGAAUCGGAACCAAAAGACAUCACCUGUCUUUCUCUCCUUCCUGUUCCUGAGACCUCAGAAUGCAACAGACUUAUGUUGCCAGAUGAUGAAAGAGAUCUCACUUCUCCAAGUCACACUAGUUCUUCCAAAGAUGUUUCUUCAUCUGCUGUCUUGAGAAGUCUCCAGGUAAAUGUGGGCCCUGAUGGAGAGGAAGCAAGGGCACAGAAUGUACAGAAACCAUCUGAACUUCUGUCAGCUCCAGAGACUUCCAGUUUAUUGCAAGACCUCCAGCCCAGUGACAGCACUUCAUUUAUUCUUCUCAACCUAACAAGAGCAGGGCUGGGGUCUCCAGCAGAGCACUUGGUGUUUGUUCAAGAUGAAGCGGAAGAUUCUGGGAAUGACUUUCUCUCUCAUGAUAGCACAGACAGCAGUACCCCAUGGUUCCUGCGAGUGCAAGAACUGGCCCAUGAUAGUUUAAUUGCUGCCACUCGGGCACAGCUCGCUAAGAAUGCCAAAGCAGGCAAUAAUGGUGAAAAUGUUCAUCUUUGCUCAGGAGAUGGGCAGCCGAAAGACUCUAGCCCCAUUCCUCAUUUAUCUCGUGUGGAAAGGAAGCUAAAGUGCACAGUUGAGGGCUGCGAUCGGACAUUUGUGUGGCCAGCUCACUUCAAGUAUCAUCUGAAAACACACCGGAACGACCGCUCUUUCACCUGCCCAGCAGAAGGCUGUGGAAAAAGUUUCUAUGUCUUGCAGAGGCUGAAGGUGCACAUGAGAACUCACAAUGGUGAAAAGCCCUUUGUGUGCACAGAGCUGGGCUGUGGGAAACAGUUCACGACAGCUGGAAAUCUGAAGAACCACCUACGAAUUCACACUGGGGAAAAACCCUUUCUGUGCGAGGCACAGGGAUGUGGUCGCUCCUUUGCUGAAUACUCCAGCCUUCGGAAACAUUUGGUUGUCCACUCAGGAGUGAAGCCCCAUCAGUGCCAAAUUUGUGGGAAGACAUUUUCCCAGAGUGGUAGCAGAAAUGUGCAUAUGAAGAAACACCACUCCCGAAUUGGAACAGCUGUCAGCAGAGAGCGAGAAGAGCCAGAGUCACUGAUGGGCAGCAGUUUGCUGGAAGAAUCUACGGUGCAUAGUAAGAAUCUCAUCUCCAUGAACUCUCAGCCCAGCCUUGGUGUUGAGUCUCUGCACCUGCCAGACACUGAGUCUAUUAUUGGAGUAGAGGAGGGCGAGACCAGCUGCUCUUUUUUCCGCCCUCUUAUAUGUGGUGACUGAAGUGGGAUUGAUCUCCAAGAGGCUCACCAUGUUGCAGUGGGACAAGUGAACGUUGCUUUAACUGUGCACAGAGCGGGUGGGUAGAUGGAGAAUGAAUAAUAAAACCGGAGUUGGAGAAGACCUAUUGGACCAAGUUUCUCUCUUGCAGAGCUUAAAAGGUGAAGUCUGCUGCUUAGGUGUCAUUUAGCCCAUGUCAUGGAUUGCCAUUUCAAAACUGUUUAUGCAGUCCAUUCUCCUAAAGCCUAACACCCUGGUUUUGCUGGAGCACCUGAGAUCCCCAGUUAAGGACCAGGACCUCAUUGUGCUAGGCACUGUACAAACACAGUAUCUUGACCAACAGGCCUUCCUUCCAUCCUUCACCUUCAGAGAUGAUAUUCUAAUGCAUCUCACUGUCAGAAGCUGACUUACUAUCUGAAAUAAAUGUACUACUUGGUAUCAUUUAAUUACA